UUAUAUAGACUAGAGGGAAACUCACCAAAGCACUGAGCUCCACAGCAGUGAAGGCCACAGAUCGGCUCCAUUACAGGCGGAACCUUUAGCAUCAAGCACGGAUUCAAAUACGGAUUAUUUUUGCAGACGCACCGCUGCGCUCAGGAGCGAUUGAACAGUUAAGGAUGGCACAAGCGGAUGGCAGGGCUCUGGCUUUGGGAGUUCUGGCAGGGGCUGCUGGGAUCAGCUUGGCGAUUGUCUGCUUCCGCAAAAUAGGAGCAGGCGGUGGAAGAGUCCUACACCUGAGCAGCAACAGAGAUCACACAGCAGGCAGCCUGGGUCUACAGACGGGCCAGGCGGAGGUGCUGGAUCGGCUGGGAGCUCUGAUCCACUGUGUGUCUGAGCUCAAAGAGGAGGUAAAAGCCUUGAAGGAUGCACUUCCACACCUGCAGGACAACGUCAGAGAUCAGCUGAGGCGCCGGAGCGGGGACGAUAUCAGUGCUCGCAGAGCAAGUCCACUUCAUCGAACUCCCACCAGGAGAAAAAGAGCAGGUGUCUCAGACAGAAGUGAAGAACAAAGCUCAGAAGAGGCCGAGAGUGAAGGAGGGUAUAUAACAGCACUGACAGAUUCUGAGGAGGAGGAAAGUGACGAUGAGCAAAGGCCACUGCAGGAGCCGGUGGAUGAGCUUACAGCCCUGCUACAGAAAGCAGACCGACUGCACAGCUGUAACGGGGAAGAGAAAGCACAAGGCCUGAAUUUUCUGCUGGAGAGGAAAGCAGAGUUUGAUCAGAAGUGCCAGUACCUUUGGCGGUUGUCCAGAGCCUAUGCAGAUGCACAUGAUUUUGCCGUAGACCCUGCAGAGAAGAAGAGCUGCGCUGAGAAUGGAAAAAAAGUUGGUGAAGAGGCCAUUUCCAUCAAUCCACAGUGUGCUGAAGGUCAUCAGUGGUAUGCUAUACUCUGUGGGCUCCUGUCAGAAUAUGAAUCUAUUCAGAAUAAAAUAAAAAAUGGUUAUCUUUUUAAGGAUCAUCUGGAUAAAGCAAUUGAGCUGAAGCCUGAAGAUCCUCUGUCGUAUUACUUGCUGGGUCGCUGGUGUUAUGCUGUGUCACAAUGUACGUGGAUAGAGAGGAAAGUCGCUGCUACUUUGUUUGGAGAGCCACCCAGUGCCACGGUCCAGGACGCCCUGCAGAACUUCCUCAAGGUAGAAGAGAUCAGUCCCAAGUAUUCAAAAUUCAACUAUGUGUUUUUAGCCAAGUGUUACAAAGACUUGGGUCAGAGGAGUCAAGCCCAACAGAUGUGUGACGCUGCCUCUGCAAUGAACAUUCAGACUAAAGAGGAUGAGGAGGCACAGAAGGAAUUGGACACUAUUGUUGCAUCACUUUAACAAGUCUCCAACAAAAGCUGUCUGUCUUUGUGUUCCGUCUCUUUAAACUCUACUGUGACCUUUACCCACAAACCCAACAUAUGAGCUACUAAUGUUGGCCAGGCCACAUUAUUCCUCUAUUAAAGGGGAAACCAGCAGCAAUAUUUUGUUUAUUUUUAGUUUACGCACAAAAUACUGUAUGUGUUUUGCAGGACAGUUUAUUUUUAAUAAUUUGUGUCUGUUUUAGACAUCAUAAUAGUUGCAAUACACAGCGUGGCUGUCACCUAUUGAAACCGCAGUGACCAUCAGUGGCUGCUGUUAGAAUGAAUUUAGAAUGAAUUACACUAAAAAAAGAAAUUUUGCUGAAAAUCUACCUCUUCAUUUCAUUCAUUUAAAAACAGUUUUGGAUAAAUCUAGCAUUACAUCACUUGCUCACCAGUGGAUCCUCUGCAGUGAAUGGGUGCCAUCAGAAUGAGAGUCCAAACAGCUGAUAAAAACAUCACAAUAAUCCAGUAGUAAACAACACCAUUCCAGUCUAGUUUGUAAGAAACAAAUCCAUCAAGACACUUUAACUGUACCAUGUUUUUGAGUCUAUUAUUCAAAAUAACGCUUCCUCAAGUGAAAAAGUCCAUCCCCUGUUGUUUUCCUAAAUCAAAGUUCACCAGUUUUUGCUUGAAUUCUAUGCAUAUUUCUCUGGAAAAAGCAAUAUUGGAUAGAGGACUAUUAUUUUAGCCAUAAAUGACAGUCUUGAUGGAUUUGUUACUUACAAACAUGCAGCUCACGAGAUGUACACUGAUGGACUGGAGUGGUGUGGAUUACUGUGUUGUUUUUAUCAGCUGUUUGAACUCUGUUUCUGAAGGCACCCAUUCAAUGCAAAGGAUCGAUUGGUGAGCAGGUCAUAUAAUGCUAUGAAUUCUCAAAAUCUGAUUAAAAAAAAAACCUGUCUACAUCUUGGAUGGCCUGGAGAUGAGUAAAUCUGACCAUUAGCAUGAAGUCUGGUGCAAUUGUGUGCAAAAAGAUUUGGCUGGUUGGCAUUAAAAGCAUGCAUUGACAGUUCAUAUGUUAAUAUGUACUUUCUAAUUAGAAUUUCUUCCUAUUUCUGUUAAUUAAAAAACAGAAAUUAAUUAUUAUUUCAUAGACAUAACUUACGAAACAGUAUGACUCUAAACCUCCUGAAAAGUGUCUGAAACAAACUUUUAGAACAAUUGUGGCACAUUUCAUGGUUAGUUCUUCCAGAAAAGCUGAUAUGAAAUUGCAAAAGUGAAAUGUUUAACAAAAAUGUUUAACCUUUCAUAGCACAAUCCUCCCUAAUGAAAUGCAGUCUCUUGCAGUUUUUAUUAAGAACACCUGAACUCCAUCUGGAUUUAAUCUUGUUAAUCAAAUUCUCUCUUUAAGAACGUUAUAUUUUUGUUAUAUAUUACUGUUAUAGAUUUUAAUCCCUAGACAUUAUUUUUUGACCAAAGAUGAUUUCUAUAUCACAGAGAAAUUAUGGGGUCCAUGUAAGUCUAAUGUAAUAUUUUUAAUUAUGUUAUUGCUAAAAUAGUUUUAAUAUCGUUUGUUGGUAUUCAGCAUAAUGCAUGCAAGCAUUUUUAUGUUAAAAUGAUUGCAAUUGCUCUCUGUAUGGUACAUUUUAGAUUAUUGGUGAUAUUAAGAUUGUAAUGGUGCAUAUGUAGAUCAACACUUUUCUGCUGCUCAAUACAAUGUACAAUAAGGUGAAA